AUAGCAUUCGUAACAAGGCGCGCUUAUGCCAUAUGCACUCCAUACACAAUCCACCCUUACACCGAAGGCCAGGGCUAUCGCGGCUGUCGGUUGUGCUAUCAAGUCUACCCUGUCCAACCCAACGACCCCAAAUCCAAGGACGAGACUCUUGGCAUAUGUAGAGACUGCGACCCAAAAUGCGGUGUAGGGCAUGGAUACAACGACCUCUUUCGGGGAAUGAAAUACCGACUCUACUCAAACCGAGCUGUGCGUUUCUGCCUGGUUUGUGGACACUUUGUCUAUCAAGAUCCUCGCCAGAACCGUCCGACCAUCUACUGUCCCUGCAUCAAAGACUUGAUGGGCGUAGACGUGUCGCUGCAGUGGCGCGAGGCCAAGGACACUGAGCAUCUUGCUGCAGUCAAGGCCUACGAGGAGUGUGCAGUUCAUCUCUUGGAAUACCUACCAACCUACAUGAAGACGUUCGACGAGCACAAACCACCUACAUGGCCCGCGUUCGAGAAUAUAGACGACCAACGCGCCUUCCAACCAGAUGAGGUAGGUAAGCAAAAGGACGACGAUGUCUCGACGGAGGAGUUUUCGGCAAAGAUGAUACGCAUCGAAGUCGGCAAGCUGGAGCGACAAGCUCAAGAGAAGAAGCGGGCGUUAGCUGCCGACGAGAUGAAAGCAUGUCUUGAGAAGAUACGUGCCAGGCAACUUGAGCUGAAAAAGUCCAAGGCUCAAGCCAAGAUCGACAGGGGUAUCAUGUUCACGGUCGAGGAGGCAAUGGACUUGUAUAAGAAGCAGGAGGAAGAGGCUUUCCCGUUGGAUCUGCAGCUGAGGAGAUCUCGGAUGGAAUGAUUGCCCAUGACGAGGCUAAAAAGAAGAGUUGAGAUGGUAUGAGCAGG